GAGGGAUUUUGCCGAGUGAUAGCAACCCUAAAGCUGACCGCUAACAGGUUUGCCACCUGCUGCUGUCGGAGGCUCCAGGGAGACCAGCAGAGGCAGAGAGCGCUCGAGUUACCCCCCUUGUGCACGCACAGGCUGUGUAGAGAUGAGAGCAGACUGGGGAGUGCUGUGUGUCUGUAUGUCUGAAUGAGUGGGUGGGUAUAUGUUUUAGGUGGAGGGUGGGGGAGUGCGUGGGAUUGUGCGAUGUCUGAGGUCUGUUUGUGCCAGCUGACGUCAAAGGCACCCCACGCCCCCCACCGCCUCUGUUACGAUUCAUAGCCACUGACAUGCUCAGUCGUCAUUGCGCUGUUAACGCGCUGGCGGGAGAGACGCAUGCGUUGGUACCCUUUUCACCGGUCCACAUUUCCAGCGUUACCGCGCAUUCGGGGAAAGCACAAAAGAGCAAAGGCGUGCGUCUGAAAGGUUAAGCUGCCUCCGCAGCCCAGAGGCAGAAGAGAGAGGGGCAUUGCAGCAAUACGAGUGGGCUGUCCCUUCAUAGGUGGAGCUGUAAUACAAAUGUAAUUAAUCAUCAGCUAGAAGGAGUUGUGAGAAGGUUAUUUAAACGGAGGCAGCCAAAACUGACAUCGCUUCAAGAUAAAACUCUGUUUCGUGUAGCUAGAAAUAACUUGCCGUACCAGGAGCACGGCAAAAGGCUGAAGAUACAAAAAACAUUUGAAAACCAUUAUUAAGAACAACGGUCAGUGACAGCUAGAAAGGUAACGACCGUAUUUUCAAGUACAGGAAGCGCUGCUGGUUGGCAUUUAGCGACUGUCGGUGAAGAUUAUCAGAUUAAUAGAGGAAGGUUGGAAGGGAUAGCCAACGGCUCGAUAUAAAAAAAGCCCACUGUGGCCAAAGCGAGACGAACAUGCCGGUCAGCUGAAAGAAAACGGGACGAUUCUUAAUCCGAGCGGAUCUUGGUGCCACCUGCGCAGUCGGGGCCAGAUGUUUGUUAAGCAGACAACGCUCAAGAACUGGGAGGUGGAGGCAACAGAAAGUGGGGACGAGGAGCCCAGCACGAAGAAGGUGAGGCCCCUCUCCCGCGUCGCCUCGCUGGCCAACCUCAUCACCCCCGUCAAGGCUGGCACGGUCAAGCGGAUCGGCCAGACCCUGCAGCGGUCCAUCAGCUUCCGUAGCGAGAACCAGGCGCCUACUUGCUCGGUACGGCCGUACAGCAAGCACGUGGCCCCCACACCGCCGAAACGACGCAACAGCCGCCUGUGGAGCGAGACGUACGAUGCUGGCGCGCACGAGGCAUUCUCGCGCAGCGAGAUCAAGCGGCAGGAGGCCAUUUUUGAGCUGGCCCAAGGGGAGCAGGAUUUGAUUGAAGACCUCAAGCUGGCAAAGAAGGCCUACAGAGAUCCCAUGCUCAAGCUGUCCAUUAUGACGGCGGUGGAACUCGCGCAAAUAUUCGGGGCUCUCGACUCUCUCAUCCCACUGCACGAAGACCUGCUCACCGGGCUGCAGAAGGCACGCAAGCCCAACGGUGCCACGGAGCGCGUGGGGCACAUCCUGGUGGAGUGGUUGCCGUGCCUCAACGCGUACACGUGCUACUGCGCAAACCAGGUGGCGGCGAAGGCGCUGCUCGACCAGAAGAAGCAGGACCCGCGCGUGCAGGACUUCCUGCAGCGGUGCCUCGAGUCGCCCUUCAGCCGCAAGCUGGAGCUGUGGAGCUUCCUGGACGUGCCGCGCUCGCGCCUCGUCAAGUACCCGCUGCUGCUGCGCGAGAUCCUGCGCCACACGCCCAACGAGCACCCGGACCAGCAGUGCCUGGAGGAAGCGAUCUCCAUCAUCCAGGGCGUGGUCGCAGACGUGAACACGCGCACGGGCGAGUCGGAGUGCUGCUACUUUCGCGACAAGCUCGACUACCUGGACGAGCGUCAGCGCGACCCCCUCAUCGCCACGUCACGCACUCUGCACCUCCACGGCGAGCUGCGCAACAACCGUGGCACCAAGCUGUUUGUGCUGCUCUUCGGAGACGUGCUGGUGCUGUCCCGCCCAGCGUCUCGAGGCAACGACGGCUGCUGCUACCAGGUGUACCGCCAGCCGAUCCCCCUGCGAGAUCUCCGCCUCGAAGACCUGCAGGACGGCGAGGUCAAGAUGGGCGGCUCCUUCCGCGGAGCCUUCAGCAACAAUGACAAAGCAGCAAAGAACAUCUUCCGCGUGGGCUUCAAGGACUCGCUGCAGGGCCAGUCGCACACCUUGCAGGCACACGACUCUUACAGCAAACAGCAGUGGCUCAACAGCAUCCGCUCAGCCAUCACUGCCCUGGGGGUGGCCGCGCCGGACGACGAGACGUCGGCGCAGCCCGAGCAACCGCCCUCGGGGGCGGACGACCCGGAGGGCCUAGGCCCCGUGCCGCCCUCGCCGAUGUCGGUAAGCGACACGCCGCCGUCCCUGUCCGGCACCGGCACGGGGGACGAGCUGUCGCCGUGCAGCAGCGACAGCCGCCCCGUGUCGAUGGCGGAGGAGGAAGACGACGAGGUUGAGGAGGACGGCGCUCCCAACCACCCCUUCCCACCGUCGGACAGCGACGGCGGCAACGGCGGCAGCGCGGGGAGCGACUGCGCCGUGUUCUCGGCGUCGGACGAGCGCGACAGCGACGACCGAUCUCCCAUCCCCAAGGAGAUGGACGACUCCGAUUCGGACACGAACUCGUGCGGCACGCCGGCCAUGAUGGACGUGAGCCACGGCUCUCGGCUGGACCAACUCCUCGAAGCGGCAGAACGCGAGGCGGCGACGGACGGUCUCGCCGCGGGCGAGGCGCCGUGCGGCGACUCGUCCCUGUGCGAACUUAAAAAGGAGACCACCGUGUGACCGCACGCCCAUGCUGCAGGCGGGGGGGUGGGCCACGAGGUCACGCCGCCGCGCGUGUUCUCCGUCUUUCGUUUUUCCUCAGUGUUGAUCGUUGAAGUGAAGUGUUGCCAGCAGAUGGCUGUGUGUGUGUGUGGCCGGUCCUGUAUAAAAACUCGAGCUGCGUGCAUCGCGACAAGUGUCCGUAAAAGCAUCCAUCCGCUAAUGCGUGUGUAGGUCGCGCGCUGAGCAGCAGAGCUGGGCGUGCGCGUCAUUCGUUUUAACCGUUACCAUGUCAGUCGGCGAGAAGCUUUAGCAGUGGACGGUCGUUUACCAAACAGAGUUAUUCUGCUGCCAGUUUACAAGGAGAUGGGAACACCUUCACGUACAGCAGCCGUCCUCGCUGAGCAAGACACCCGCUGGGUGUUUGUGUGAAACUGUCCGGAUGCCGAGUGAGCGUCGAAGCGCAUUGUGUAAAGCUCGAGCGUGUGUGACGUUGUGAGUGUACGUACGUGAUAUCAGUAAUGGGAAGCCAUACUUAAAACCACUACAGAUAGUAAAGUACUGUACGGUAAGAUUGUUACACACCGCAGUGAGUGAAACGAUUAGAUUUGUAUCGCUUAUUUUGGAUUAAAGCACUCAUUCUACCUGCCUGUCUCCAGGAAAUAAUCUGACAUUGAAAUGGUACUAAUAAAUUAACUGGACAUUUUCUACACUUCUUUUUAUAAAACCAGACCUGUAACCAUUAAUAUAAUUACUGAGCAUUUUUUAAAUUGUAAAUUACAUUGUGUAGUUAAUUCUGCUGUGUAAAACAAACAAUGGAUAGUCUGAUAUAAGAUGAAGCACCUAGUGGCACAUGUUAGAACGUGGCCUGUCUGUACAUAACGAGCUUUGUUCAUCUCUCUAAUGCAGCUGACUUUGCUUAUAGUUUACCGGAAGGGGGGGGGCUUUCUCUGCAUGCAUUUGGGCUAAUUAGUUUAUAGAAAUAUUUUUGUAUUGCCGAGUUCAACGCGUGGGUAAUAAUUGUAAACUGCAGCUUUGGUUAGCAUUGCUGGUGGCCACGCUAAGUUUCCGCAAAGUUGAUCGUGUGGAGAUAGACCACGGUUCUCGUCGCCAGGUGUCCUAACCUCGCACGCUGCCCCAAGACUCUAAAUGCUUUUGAGGCCCUUGUUUAACUUAAGCUUUUCCUCCUUUUAAUAAUCCGUGCCCCUAAGGGUGCGUUCGCUUGAGAUCCCUUGUCAGCCUGUUUGCGGUCACAAUUAUCUCUUAAGCAGGGCACUGUAGGCAAUGGCAAUCAACAUUUCAUUUCUGGAGCAGCUCCAUAAGCAGUGUGUGGCUUUCUCUUCUCUGUUUGGUUUUAAUUGUCCUCGGGAAUGUGUCCAUUCAGUUCGAUGACUUUGCAGGAAAUGUCAAGUUUGUUUUUAUUUCUUUUGGGUUCAUUAUUGCCUGGGAUGUCAUGGUUUUUUCUGAAUGGCCUUGAGGCCGUGUUUGUCCCUUGCACCUCACAUUUUCCACAAUGCAAGCAGCUGGCUAUGAUUUGCUGAUGAGCACGAACGAGCCGAAGCUCACACCGAUGUUGCUUGCUUGUCUCACUGUGCCACACUUGUUUGGACCAGAGUAUCUGCCUUGUACAGCUGAGGGCACAAUGAAGGUUGUGGACAGUCACGCAGAACGCCCAUCAAUAUGUGUGUGCUGUGUGCGUGUUCUGCAUUCACCGUUAGCCGUGAAAAGUCAUCACUUAUUCUUUCUCCUUACAUAUGUUAAUAUAACUAUGGAUUGCAUAGACCCAUACUGCUAUUGGGUCUACAUGCACUGCAAACAGAGCUGACUGCUGGACUGAAUCAUGACCAUGAUUUGUGACAAUUCAUAGAAUCUGGGAGCGAAUGCAUUGUUACACGCCUUAUGAAUCUGUAUAAUUAUUCGUAGUUUUUUCCAGAAAAAAAUCCAUUGUUGCUGAGGUAUGAGCCCUUCACGCAAACCCUCUUUGAACAUUAUUAGGUAGUCUUUUUGUGACACUUUGAGGUGUGCCGAUUGCUUGCAAACCCCUUAACUAAAGCGUGUUUACCCAAUUCGUGUAUUGUUAUCUUUGUGCCUAUGACAUCUUGAUGUUCAACAGCACUGCUUGGAGUAUAAAUUUCUGACGCAUUCUCCUUGAGGUCUGCCUGUCUGUGAAGUUCCAAAAACUCCUGAAGAUGCCAGCAGAGCUGUACACCGAGUGGCCUGUACACACGCACGCUGGACAAUCUGGCGGAUCUGGGCAUUUGCUCGUACACAAACCACCGCGUGACCAGUACGUUUACACCUGAAUGGGCACAUCCGUGUUGCUCUUCGGUGACCCGAACCCCUGGGCUGAACUGCAUCUGUAAAUCUGAAAUAAUUUCAGAUGUGAUUUCAUACGUAUGAUCAGAACUGCUGCUGAGUGGCAACAGGCGGAGGAGGCACGAGCCUCAGACACGACGGGGAUUUGCCGAGCACGUUUUGCCACGAGCUGCAACGCUCCUUCGGGGUGGGGGGCUGUGGGUUGCUCGUGUGUUUGUGGAUUUUAUUCGGAUUCAUAGGAGAAUCGUAAAAUCCCUGGAGAAGGUUGCAUCGGCCCUGUUAAACGUUGUCUUAGGGCUCUGCUUAUUCCGUUCGUGCUCACUCGCAGUACUGGUCAAAGUCAUGUAACUAUGUGCGUACACUGUAUUUUUAUAUGCCGGGUGAUGUGAAAUCCUGCGUCCACACAUCUGUAGUCAGGGUGGCCGUGUACACAAAGGAGGCAUUCACCCUUGCCUGCCGAUGCAGAGUUUGGAAAACCUCACAAGCCAUGUGCGCGGGCACAGCUAUGGACGACAUUCUGAGUCAUCCACUGUGUAUUGUGUAAAUUCACGCUCAGCUAGAUCACUGUAAAACGCGUAUGGUUUGCAGAGGAAGUAAGAGCAGGAUAUAUUUCUAUGCGAGCUGCAUUUUUCGAUGGAAAGCUGCAGAUUUGUAUACCAGGAGGAUAAGACAAGGCAGUGGAAUGGAGAGACGGCAAACGGACGCGUAAUUUUUCAAGUGCCAGAUGCCGAAAACGUGUCUGUCAUGUGUUUGUGUUACUAAUGAGAUAGAUUUGUAUUUAAAUCCAAAAAAGUAUUGAAUAAAUAUCCAUGCAGAG